AUGCCGUCUGGAAGUCCUGACGAAAGCAAGCGAUGCUCUAUAGUUUCGGACGACCUUCGUCGAUUGCGUACGGGAAAGCGAGGGAGGCCACCAAUUGACCCUACGCAAAAAGGUCUAGGGGAGGCAUGUUUAGGGAUCUACUGCUCUUCCAUACUCAUCAAGUCUCGAAAAGGGGAAGAAGCUGCUCUUCGCAUGAACUACGUGCAGGUUCUUGAAAAUCGAAUCGAGCAGAUGAGCCGGUCUUUCUUUGAACUGUUAUCCCAUAUUACAAAGGUGGAAACUCCUCAGACGCAGCCGGAACUCUCACGCGAGAAGAUCCAGAGUAUUACUCGCGAUUUCAUAUCUGCUUCUCAGAUGAUCGAGCCUGUCAACGAGCCACGACUUGAUGAUGGACAUGUCUGCCAUAAUCACUCAAGGGCUGAGCCCAACGCUAACAUCACUUGGUCUACGAAUUGGCCAGUACCAGCCACUACACCCACCGAAACACCAAUGCCCAUUCUUGCGCCUCCGUUAGGGCUUCCCAUUACUCUCUUUGAAACAAAAUUCCCAGUACCGAGGAAUUUCGCGGAGCGGCUUUAUUUUACUUGCAUCAAGCGGGCUCAUGGCCUGCUAACUGACCCGCACGCGGAUGGAGCUGAAGUCGCCCGCGUUUUCCAGUAUUCAUUCCACUACUCGGACACUGAUACGAUGAUUUCGACUUUCGACAUCUUGCUACGGACUAGUGCCGAUUACCGAACUGCAUAUGUGUAUAGGUUGGGUGGUGCAGGGACCCAUUACCAAGAAAGGCAGGCAGGUCUUGACAUUGUCCAGAAUGUCUCGGUGGGACAAGAGAUGCCAUGUGACAGUGAUGAUACUACAUGGUUCGAUCCUCGGGAUAUCGAGGGUUGGCUCGAAGAGAAUGGUAUUAUUAUUGGAGGGGCACAGUCUUUUAUGUAUCUAUCGGACUUGCAUUCGUUCAAAUCGUGCAGGAAUAUGACAUUAUGUGCCAAGAGAGAGCCCUCCCUAGGCUCACCGGAGGAUAUUCGGCAAAGUGCAAAGGUCCUCAACGUGGACCGGUUUCUUCAGGGAAAGCUGACCGCAAAUUCUCAACAGAACUUCUUUUGA